AUGUCUCAGAACUGUUUGUUCUUUCUUUCUUUCUAUUUAAGUCUGUUUCUAUCUAUCUAUCUAUCUAUCUAUCUAUCUAUCUAUCUAUCACGCUCUUUACUUUCUCUUUUAGUCUGUUCAUCUCUCUCUCCAUCUCUCUGUCUCUCUGUCUGUCUCUCUCUCUCUCUCUCUCUAUCUAUCUAUCUCAGUAUGUUCAUAUCUAUCUAUCUAUCUAUCUAUCUAUCUAUCUAUCUAUCUAUCACGCUCUUUACUUUCUCUUUCAGUCUGUUCAUCUCUCUCCCUGUCUCUCUCUGUCUCUGUCUCUCUCUCUCUGUCUCUCUUUCUCUAUCUAUCUAUUUCCGUAUGUUCAUAUCUAUCUAUCUAUCUAUCUAUCUAUCUAUCUGUUUUUAUUCUCUUUUUUCUUUCUCCAUACUCAUUAAUUAUUUCGUUAUCUCUUCUCAAGGUGUCCCCCCCUCCAUGUAUGUUGGGUUUCGGAUGACAUAA